AUGAGUGUCUUCUUUGUCGACUGGGAGCUUUGGCAAGAAAUGACCUUUGCAAGUACCAUGCCGCCUCUUUGUUGGCAAACCACUCAAAGAAUUGUCACUAACCGUCAACUUCCACCCCAGGUCCUCGGCUGCUGUAUCGUCCUUGUCCUUGCCGUCGGCCUCAUCAAGCUUUGGUGGACGAACCGCGCUAUGCGCCGCCUGGAACUCAUCGACGAGGAGAAGCGCGCUCGGGUUUCUCUCAUGUCGCACUGCGGCAUCGAGAACCUGCGACCUCCCGAGAUCCCUUUUGGCAUUCGUGCUAUUCAGAACGGCGUACAGGUGGAAGGUAUCUGGAUCUCGCGCCCUGAUACCCCCGAGUCCAGCCAAAAGACCCCAGGUGCCACCCUCGUCGGCCAUCGAGUGGAGAUGUCAAAGGGGAAGGGCAGGAUGGUUGAACUUGACAAACAGAAGAGUGACCAAUAG